AUGAUCGAAGUGGACCCCUUGCUCAGGCCGAGGAUCCCGUCGACCCCGCUCGUCGUGAGACUGUUUGAUUGGCCGCAGCCGACGAUCGCGUUGGUGAUCUCCAUGUCGCCGAUCGUUAGGGUCUCGAGGGCUAGGGCGAACGUGCACGAGCGGCCGUCGGCAUCGCAGCCUGGGCGACACCAGUCGAGCAGGCCGCAGUCGCCCGAGCCCAAGCAGGGGACUACGUGGAACGAGGUGGACAUAGCAGGGUUGAACAUCGGGUCGGGCUGCACGAAGCAGUUUUCGCACGGUUUGCACUGCAGCCACAGGAGAUCGCUAGCCGUGUCCAAUACUAGGGUUUGUUUCACGGGCGGGGUUCCGAUGCCGACUAUCACGGCUACCUCACCCCGGAGAAGCCCUAACUCGGUCUUAGGGCUACCAGAGAGUUGGUUGACCAAGGCGGACGUGCGGAUGGCAUCCCUUCUCAUACGGGCUUCGGAGCCGGACAAAUUGGCCAAGUUGACCAAGGGAAGCCUCGUGCUCAGGGGAAGAGUGGUGGGGAGUGUUUUCGUUGGGCGGGCGGUGGUGGUGGUGGUGGUGGUGGUGGAGAGGAGGAGGAGGAGGAGAAAUGGUAGGGAUGCAACAAGAAUAGUCAUGGCUAGCUAA